AUGGAGGUCUCGGGAUCGCCUUCUGGCUCGCUCAACCAGGCAUCAUUGCGGAGAGGUUCGUCCAGUUGCUCUCUGAAAGAUAUUUGGUCUGCUGCAAGAGAAGGUUCCCUUAGCGAGCUAGAUUCUUCUCUGUCCCUGCUGAAAAAGAAUGGCGGGAAUGUUGAUGCGAAGAACGCGUUCGGUCUUACUGCCCUUCACAUUGCCACGUGGAGGAACCAUGUGCCCAUUGUGAAGAGGCUGCUUUCUGCUGGUGCUGACCCUGACGUGAGGGUAUGCUGCUCUCUGUCCUCUUCAAAGAUCUCCUCCACCCCCCUUCCUUUGCUGUUUCCUGCUCUUUCCAUUAUUUCUACUGUCAGAAUGAUGCAGGAAUUGUUGUACUUUCAACUAUAAGAUGUUUGAUUUGGGUGCUCUGGAAGGGCAGUUCUUACUUUCUAGAAAGUAUCUAGGCAUAAAUAUGUUGUGGGUAAUAUACUUUGUGGAACAUUAUUCUAUUAGGGGGCAAUAUUGCUUUUUGGGAUCGUAAUUAACAAUAUUGGCGAUUUGACUUUGUAAUAUGGCUGUGAACUAGCUUCUGUGGACAUAUUUGUCGGCCUGUCAUGAAGUGGUUAAUGAAAUUGUACAGGACGGUGAUGAGGUGAUGAGUUUGCCUCUUGUAUCUGUCUUUACUUAAUGAAUGUUUUACCUCUCAAGUGAGCUGAACUUUUCUGCUAAGGAGAAUCAUAAAUUGUGGAGAUGAGAAAUUCUCUGGGGAAAAUAUAUUGCUUUGCUACUUUUUAACAAUCCUCAUAUUCAUGAGACAAUACAUAUAGAUCUAUCUACCAGGGAAGAUCUUGCAAUAACGUUGAUUGGGUAGAGGUAUGCAGCACAUUGGGUAUCAAAAUGCAUCAAAAACAAACAGUUCAACUUCCCUGUAAUUGAUGGCCGCGAGAAAUAUGUUCCAUGUAAAAGCCUACAAGAUUCUGAAUAGGGAGGCACCAGUCCGUAGCUCCAAGCAUUGUGGAGUUCAUUAGACAAUUGUUGAUUGGUGAAAUGGAGCCUGGAAGUGUAAGAAUGGGCAUGAUCGUGAAAGAUGAUAUGCGGCAAUCAUCUACUGCCAUUGUUUAAUGACUUUGAUUGAUGCAGAUGCUGGUCAUCAUUGUAUUUUCUGUUCAUUGGCGACAGAACUGACGACAAAGUUUAUACUAGAUUUUUGAGUUUGCGGAAUCAUACCUAUUUUUAAGUCAGCCAAUGGUGAGAUAUUUGUGCCGUUGUUCAAAUCAGAUCUAAACGACCUAAUGGGGUGAUAAUGAUUUACUGUCUUUGGAUUAAUUCAUUUUUGUCUGAGACCAUAAAUAAAUAUAACAUGUUUUGUCAUAUCAUAUCUUGAAACAUUUUGGGGUUUAAAUUUCCAUAUUUAUGAUUAUUAAGCUGCCAAUGGGUUACAUAGUUUAAGUUUCAAUUGCUCUUGUAGGACGGGGAGUCAGGGUGGAGCAGCCUGCACAGGGCUCUACAUUUUGGUCAUCUUGCUGUGGCCGGCAUUCUUCUUCAGUCUGGUGCCACACUUACGCUUGAGGACUCAAAGUUUCAGACACCAGUUGACCUUAUCUCAGGACCUGUGUUGCUAGGCGUUGGAAAGGACUACCAUUCAGGUACAUUAUUUGGACUUCUCAUUGGAGUUUAAAUGUCAACUCGGCGCAUUUUUGGAUUGUUUUGCAUCACCAGAAAAGUCUUCUACUCUAUUUCUUAGUUUCCAUGUGGUUGUACUAUUUCAGUUGCAACUGAGAUUUACAGCUGGGGAAGCGGUACAAACUAUCAACUUGGUACUGGUAAUGCUCACAUACAGAGGUUGCCAUGCAAAGUCGAUGCACUUCAGGGAUCCUACAUUAAGAUGAGUGCAGCGGCGAAGUUCCAUAGUGUCGCUGUUGGCAGUUGUGGGGAGCUAUACACGUGGGGAUUCGGUAGGGGAGGUCGUCUAGGGCACCCAGACUUUGACAUUCACAGGUAAAGUUGCUUGCUGCAGUGAACAUGCUUAAUACAACACACUUGUCAAAAAAAUUAGUUGACGAGGAUAACUCAUAGACUGACUCAGCUUUGCAAAUGGCUCUCAAGAAAAUUUCACAAUCAUCAUAGGUUUAAAAGUGUUGUAUGAUUUCUUUCGUAAGUAGUUUUAGGAAUCUCAACACCCCUUUUUACAUCAUGUUGUUCUCUUCUUUGGCAUUUGAUUGUUCUGGUGCUCUUUCAUAAAAGAAAGGGUAAAAUAUGGUGCAUUGAAAGGGACGAUAAACAGUUUGGAAUUUUUUUACGUUUUCCAUGAUUGAAAAAUGUGGGUUUGGUUUGAAUUGACCUUACCUAUCUUCAUUUUUGAAAUGAAAUUAUAUAAAGCCUACCCUCUCGUGGGUGUAUUUGUAUGCACUUUUUGGUGAUCAAGUUCAGGUUUUUAUAAUCUUUUUGCCUGGAAAAUCUUUUGAUUGCGCAGAGUUGCAAAUUCAAUGUUGUCGUUGUUGUACUUGCGAAGGUCAGAUUUUGUUUCUCUAAACCUUUAAAAUAUGAAAAGACUUAUUCGAAUGAGGAUAAUUAGUUGGAAGGUUCUGAAAAUAUGAAAACUGAGCAAAAUCGUGUAAAGUGGCCAUCUUUUUUCUGACAGAACUACAUGCAGUUUUCUUUCUGGAUAUCUUUUCUUUGAUUCUAGUUACUAACUUUUGACUUUUUUGGAUAGUUUCCUUAAUGGCGAAUCUUUUGAUUCAUUGUAAUCACAGCUCGAAUAUGCAGCACUUUUUUGGCAUUUGGAUUUCGUAUUGUGAGACCUUUCCUUCAGACGGAAUUAUCCAGUGAAAAAAAAAACGAAAAUUUAGAAGGUUUUCUAAGUAGGUUCAACAGAUGAGCUAUUUCUCUCUCUUGAUAAGACUGCCCUUUUAGCUCUUUCUUGUGGUUGGUUUGCUGUUCUUUGCAGCGGCCAAGCUGCUGUGAUUACUCCUCGCCAGGUGACAAUGGGGUUGGGUUCCCGGCGUGUCAUGGCCAUCGCUGCUGCUAAGCAUCACACUGUCAUUGCAACAGAAAGUGGGGAGGUGUUCACGUGGGGAUCAAACAGAGGUAUUCAUAACAUUUGGAACGUUACCAUUCUGGCAGUAACAGCACUCUCCUUUUCAAGGAUUUUUCAUGGGUCGAAUCAAUGCCAUGACAUAAUCAAUAGGAAGGAGAUGGGAGGAGAGGAAGGAAUCUGGCAUCUUUCUCUGAAUUCCUCAGUCGUUUGGGUUACUGUUAGAACUCUUGCUCUCCUUACCUUUGCAAAAUCUAGGGAAAUCCCAUGCGCCUCCCUGCCAUGUUGUUGAAUAUCUAUAUUUAUUUAUUUAUUGUUCUAUUUUUGUUAGCUUUUGUCUCAUGCAAUGACCAAAGUCAACGAUCCAGUUCAGAACAGGCAGAAUAAUUGGGGGGAAAAGCUCUUUUAGAUGCCAUCUCCUGGGAGCUAAAUAUCUGAUAUAGACUGUAUUAAUUGUACACAGAGGGUCAGCUUGGCUAUCCUUCUGUUGAUACCCAACCAACACCAAGGAGAGUGAGCUCACUCCGGUCAAGAAUAAUUGCUGUUGCCGCGGCAAACAAGCACACCGCAGCAGUUGCAGAAUCAGGCGAAGUCUUCACAUGGGGAUGCAACAAAGAGGGCCAGCUGGGUUAUGGCACCUCAAACUCCGCUUCAAACUAUACUCCACGAUUGGUCGAGUAUCUGAAGGGAAGGAACUUUAAGGCCGUCUCAGUGGCAAAAUACCACACAGUCGUCUUAGGGGCAGAUGGAGAGGUAUAGAAUGUGAAAUAUUUAUUAAAUUACCCUUUGCUUCUGACUUGCUGAUUCCCUCGCCUCAUGCUGUAUAAUUCUUAUCCCAUUUCAGAAAUCAGAAAUCUUGAUGCCAUGGUGCUCCUGUUGGUUGAAUCUUGCAGGUAUUUACAUGGGGCCAUCGGCUUGUGAACCCAAGACGUGUGAUCAUUGCUAGAAACACCAGAAAGGGAGGAUGCGUCCCGCUGGUGUUCCAUCGCACUGGGCGGCUCCACGUUGUAGCCAUCGCUGCUGGAAUGGUUCACACCACAGCCCUUGCUGACGAUGGCUCUCUGUUUUAUUGGCCGUCCUCCGAUCCUGAGCUGAGAUGUCAACAGGUUGGGUCCUCUGACUUAUAUGGGCACCUUGGAGAAAGAAAGAAAUAAAUUAUAAUCUGAGAGUCAACCCCAAAUUUUAAACCCUGCUGCUGCCUUUCCCUACCUGAGAGCUUUCCUUCUUCCCGCAGAUGUAUUCCCUGCAGGGGAGGGAUGUUGUGAGCAUUUCUGCGGGGAAGUACUGGACGGUUGCGUCUACCAAGAUGGGUGAUGUCUACAUGCUGGAUGGGAAGAGAUACAAGGACGAGACUCCCAUUCCAACUCGCUUAAAUGGCAUAAAAAAUGCGACUUCAGCUUCCGUCGGAGAGACGCACAUGCUGGUCGUCUGUGCCUUGUAUCAUCCCCCAUAUCGCUUGGGCCUUGACCCGGAUGCCCAGAAGCCAAAGUUGAAGUCUGCUGAUGAAAUCGAGGAAUUUGAUGCAGAUUUCAUGUUCGAUGACCCGCGGCCGGAGUCAGAAAUGGGAGAGGAUGAGCUCAUCAGCAAGCCCAUUCCGAGUUUGAAAAGCCUCUGUGAGAAAGUGGCAGCUGAGGUCCUCGUGGAACCUCGGAACGCCAUUCCUCUGCUAGAAAUCGCCGAUUCUUUGGAGGCAAACGAUCUGAGGGCGCAUUGUGAGGUAUUUUGAUGAGCAUUGGAGCUAUAUAUUUCUCAGAAUCAGGCUCUGUUUUGUUUUAUGGUCGCAUGGGUUGUCUUCCUCAGCUUAAAUCUGAACCAAAAGCGUUGACCUUGUGCAGGAGAUGGCCAUCCGCAACCUCAGCUACAUCUUCACGGUCUCAGCACCGUCUGUUGCGAGUGCUUCCUCUGAAGUCCUGGCAAAGCUCGAGAGAGCAAUGGAUGCGAAGUCGUCGGAACCUUGGAGCCACCGGCGGCUGCCCACCCCCACUGCCACCUUUCCCGCUGUUAUUGACAGCGAGGAGGAGCAUGAAGAUGAAAACGGGCCGCUCAGAGUCCGUGAGAAUGACUCAAAGCUUGUGGGGAAAUUGCACAGAGAUCCUUGGCUUGACGGAUUUCUUCCAUCGGAUAGCGCCGCCGAUUCGGAGGUCACGAAACGGGUUAGAGCUGUGUGGAAGAAGCUGCAGCAGAUUGAGAUUCUUGAGGCGAAGCAGUCCAACGGUCAUGUUCUUGAUGACCAGCAGAUCGCCAAGCUCCAGAGCAGGCCCUUGCUCAAAUCAGCUCUCGCUGAUCUGGGUUUUCCUCUCGAGAUGGUGCAGGAGCCUUCGCCAUCCCUUCCAGCGGAUGGCAAAGGGAGGAAGAAGACAGGGGCUUCCAGGAGGUGUAGAACAAAGAGCAAGCAGAAGGAACCGCCAGCCGAGCUUCCCCCUCUGAAAUCCGAAACCUGUAGGGAGCAAAAACCAGGCGAAGGUCUUCCCGGCACAGAAGAUAUCCGAGUUCCCAAUGAAAAGGUCCGACAUUUCACUCUUCCCCAGUUCAUUUCAACCUCUGGGUGUUCUCAAAAACCGAUCUUUUCGCAGGUCGAUGAGGUUGCAGGCCCCCUCACCCUCGAUCCUCCGAUCGGCAAUGCGUACUGCAGUGGUAGCAGUAGGAGCGCUAACAGUGAGGCCCGGGUGAGCCUGUCCAAGAAGAAGAGGAACAAGAAGGGGGGGCUGUCAAUGUUCUUGAGCGGUGCUCUCGACGACUCUUCAAAGGGGGCGGCUCCACCACCGCCACUGCCGCUGCCACUGCUGCCGAAGAGCGAGGGGCCGGCAUGGGGCGGCGCCAAGGUUUCGAAGGGCGCUGCUUCUCUCCGUGACAUCCAGGAUGAGCAGAGCAGAACAAGCGCUGAUCGGCCCGGAAACAAGAAAUUGGAGGCCGGCCCGGUUGAGAUCGGCGAUCCCGGGAAGAUUCAGCUGAGCUCUCUGCUACCAGUGGCGGCAUUGUCGAGCCCGAUUCCGGUGUCAUCAGCUCGACUGGCGGCGCCAUCGAGGCCAAUUCCAGUGUCAUCAGCCCGACUGGUGGCGGCGCCGUCGAGCCCAAUUCCAGUGUCACCAGCCCGACUGGCGGCGGCUCCAGAGGGAGAAAGGAGCACGCCGCCAUGGUCUUCAUCUGGGAGCUCUCCAACUAUAUCCCGGCCCUCUCUCAGAGACAUCCAGAUGCAGCAGGUAGAAAAGCUCCCCUCUUGACUGAAGAAUUUCUGGUUUCAGUCCAAAUUGUUGAGCUUUCCUUUCAUGGCGGCUGAGCAGGUGAAGAAACAGCAGCAGCAGCAGUGCAUGGCGCACAGCCCCAAGUUGAGGACGUCGGGCUUUGCGGCGGCGCCGCCCGGCGGCGCGGGCUCGCCGUCGGAGAGCGCCGCCAGCCGCUGGUUCAAGCCCGAGGCCGACGCUCCCUCUUCCAUCCGCUCCAUCCAGAUCGAGGAGGAGGCCAUGAAAAACCUCAAGCGUUUCUACAGCACCGUUAAGCUGGUCAAACCCCAUCCUCAUGCAUGA